GCGAGAACAGAUCCAGGCUUCCAGUGACGACAGCCUCAUUAUGCGUUUAUAAGAGCGCCUGUCUGAUCUCACCAGCAUUUAGCUGGAGAAGAUUCGGCCAGACAACACUUCGGAAGUGAACAGAUACUGACUCUGUAUCUACAAUCUGGAGCUGCCACUGUGUCCCAAUGGAACUAAAUUCAUCAAACACCUGCAAUGAAACAGACGCCUGGGUAUGGCUGUCAUCUUUCCAGCCUCCAUUUCUGGCUCUUAUCAGCAUCCUGGGAGUGCUGGGCAACAGUGUGGUCCUCUGCGUGUUCUGCCUCCAGCGGAAGCCGUGCAGCGUAGCUGAUGUGUAUCUGGGCAACCUGGCAGCUGCAGACCUCAUUAUGGUCCUGUGUUUGCCCUUCUGGACGGUCACCAUCGCCCAAGGCUAUCAAUGGAACUUCGGUCAGCUGCUCUGCAAGGUAAUCUGCACCAUCAUCUCGAUGAACUACUACUGCAGCAUACUCUUCCUGGUGCUGGUCAGCGUGGACCGCUACCUCGCCUUGGCCAAACCCAUGAAGCCCAGUAGGCUGAGAUCCCCCGAUUGGGCCAAGCGUAUAUGUGUUGUGAUUUGGACGGUGGGAUUCAUGCUCAGCCUCCCAACUCUGCUCUUCCGAAGAGUAGGUUCAUUUCCAGACAUAGGGGUGGAUGCCUGUUACCUAGAAUACCCUCAUAGAGCCUGGAUUCUAAGACGAAACAUCACGACAAACUUCGUUGGAUUCCUGCUUCCGCUGCCAAUCAUUUCCUUUUGCACUUUUCACGUGGUCAGAGCGCUUAAAAACCGCGGCUUUGUGAUUCAACCAAGAGUUCAAACGGAGAGGAAAGCCACUCAGCUGGUUCUGACGGUCCUCGCUGUGUUUCUCCUGUGCUGGACACCCUUCCAGCUGGUGCGUUUCCUAGGAACCCUUGACUACUUCAAGCUCCUUCCUGGGUGUCUCUGGGAGAAUAUAUUGCAAAUAAGCAAUGAGCUGGCUACUUAUUUAGGGUAUAGCAAUAGUGCAAUAAACCCUUUUUUGUAUGUUAUCGUAGGAAGCCACUUCAGGAAGAGAGCUCAAGGAGUUUUUCAAGGUGUUCUUUUGUGUUCUAGACGCAAGAGCAACUCCUCUGUGAACUUAAAUGUUACUGUUAUUAGCAAGUGCAGUGACAGUCCUAAAGAUAACAGAAUAACACCGCUGGCACUGAGAGCUGUAUAUCCACCCAUCAAACCUCAUAUGAUGUGUAGAUCGUUGUGAAGAGACGAAAAAGCUCAGCUGGUAGAGAUCAAGGGUUUGAUUUGACUUUAUUUUAACAGACAUUUUACUGACUAUAAGUAGCUUUGCAAGUACAGAAGGCCAUCUUGGUCUACUAACCCUUACCAUGACCUAACAAUGAGAGUAUUUGUAGUUUCAGGGUCACUUAUGGUCUUCAGAAUGUGGAGAAACAAAGUAUUGUGUGAUAAGUGUAAUCAUGUGAUUCCAACGGUGAAAAAAACAUACCUCUUGUUUGAUUGUGCAAUCUUAUUUUUCUGUUCUUGCAUAUUUCCCCACCGUCUUUGCUGAAGUGUGGAAAUAAUGAGAUGGAGGAACCAAGGAACUGAUGGAACAGUUUCACUCACUCAGUGUCAUGUCAGUCAUGAAUUUGCACUAAAUUAUUUGGAAAAGACUUUUGUAAAUGGUUUCUGAACAUAUGUGGACUUGUUUAAAGAUGUGUGUUUGGUUUUAAAGCUAUUAGUGAAUCUUAUUGUUAAUCUUUUACUGUUCCUUAAAACAUUUCAUUUCAAAUUUAAU